AUGCGCAAAUUUUCAUGUUUUAAUAAUAAGAAGAAGCCAAAGGAGAAAAAGGAAGCCGCCUUCCUGAUUUCUGAUAAAACAUCGUCGAUAAGCUCUGAUACAACUACUGCGACUAUCGUUCCCCCAUCGCUCACGUCCGACUUGGAAAAACUAAACCUUAUUGAAGACCGCUUGAACCGUUACAUCGAUGAAGCAAAAGAAUCAGGUUACUCUGAUACUAAAUCGAGAGCUAAAGCUGCGGCAUUACGAGAAAAUGAAAUCUCUAAAGCCUUCAUCAACAUCGAACGUUCGAUGGCAGUCGAUCUAUGCUUCGUUCUAGAUUGUACCAGUUCUAUGAUGAACCAUCUUGCGGCUGCUAAAAAUUGUAUCUUACAAGUGGCCAACUAUAUUAAGAACAUCAAUCCCAGGAUUCAAGCGCGGGUCGGCUUUUGCGGCUAUCGUGAUCAUUUUGACGAAGACAAUCGUUUGCAAAUUUUCGAUUUUACCGAUUCGUACGAAAAGUUCUCUAAAGAUUUAGCGUGUGUGCGAACACUCUCCGGUAAUGAUAUACCAGAAGACGUUCUCGGCGGUCUUAAUGCAGCCAUAGAACGAAUGAGCUGGCGAAAUGGUACUCGAAUUCUUCUCCAUAUUGGCGAUGCUCCGCCACAUGGUCGUCGUUUCACUGAUAAGAAAGAUGAGUAUCCAGAUGGCGAUCCACACGGUCUAACAGCAGAAAGUGUACUAAACAAAAUGCAAGAAAAGAAUAUUAUUUACUUUUUCGGAAAGAUUAAGUAUUAUACGGAUAAAAUGAUUGAAAUUUUUAAUAGCAUAAUUGGCGAUUUUCCAGUGUUCGAUCUUGUAGGAGGAGAUCCAACUGCGUUAAUAGAUAAAUUAGUCAAUGCGUCUUGCUCAGCUAUAGCUAGUUCUGUUACAUUAACCAGCAUUCUGGGAGUUGACUCGAGUGAGAUAUACGCUUUACGGCGGAAAAAACUUGAAAUGAAUACAGAAGAACCUGAUUGGAACGAGUGUUCGUUAUAUAGUGGCGUAAUUUUGCGACAUCGAUAUCCCGACGAUUUGGGCGACAUUGUAGACCAUCAGUUUUUCCACAAGUCGCACCUCGUAUCUCAAGAUUUUAAUUUCAAGAUGGCUGCACAGCCGUUUUCUGCUGGUACCGAAAGAUGUGCAUAUUUCGGUCUUGAUUGCAAUACGGUACCACCUGAAAAGAUAGUAAUAAAAGAAUAUCUCGGCGAGCAAAAAUCAAACCCUAUUGAAGAUUAUCUUGCGGCGGUAGAAGUCUCGGCUAUCGCAUGUUAUCUCUCUGCAAUGUAUAAUAUUUAUACAAGGAAAAUGGGGGUUAAGAAAGUGAGAUUUCUUGAAGCGAAACUUUUACGUAGUACUAUUGAUUAUAAGACUCAAUACUAUACUACAGAGCCAAGACUGCAGGGUGCAGAAUUUAAGCGGUUUAACAUAAACAGUGGUAUGAUCGUAGAGCUUCAUCCUUCACUCGAAGCGUUUGCGCAUUUUACAUACGUAUAUACAGGAAAAUAUCUGGUGGUUUACGAUCUUCAGGGAAUUGAGUUGGAAGACCAGUUUAUCCUGACAGAUCCGGCGAUACAUUGUGUUGAUCCAUUAAGAUUUGGAAAGACAAAUUUUG